UGCCUGGUGUCCAUGCCCUGGGCUGGUGUGUACGUGGGCAUCGUCUUCCAGGGCUUCACCCCAGAGCACUGGUGCCGUAACCCCGCCGUGAGCCAGCUGAGGGGCAGCUGUGGCUGGAGCCUGCACGACACCCGCAACUACGUCCCCCUGGUCAACACGUCGGAGGGCGUGGCGCGUAGCCAGUGCCAGAGGUACGAACUGGACUGGAACGCCACGGGCCUCACCUGUGACUACCCCGCACCUCACCUGAGUGACGAGGAGCUGAGCACAGUGCCGACCACCACCUGUAAGGAUGGCUGGGAGUAUGACUACGAGGGCAGAAGAUCCUUCGUCACAGAGUUUGAUCUGGUGUGUGCCGAUGCCUGGCUGGUGGACAUGUACCAGGCCACUCUCAAUAUUGGCUUUUUGGUGGGCAGCAUUGCCAUUGGAUACCUAGCAGACAGAUUCGGACGGAAAAUGAGCUUCUUGAUGUCCAACCUCAUGAACGGAAUUGCUGGAAUUCUAGUGGCAAUUUCUCCCAACUAUGUUUCCCUGUUAGUGUUUCGAACACUAUAUGGCUUUGGAGUGAAGGGGGGCUGGGUGGCCGGAUAUGUGCUGAUCACCGAACUGGUGGGUGUGGAGUACCGCAGGACGGUGGGGGUGAUCUACCAGAUGUUCUUCAGCGUUGGGAUCCUGAUCCUCCCACUCCUCGCUUAUUUCAUCACUGACUGGCGCUGGUUGCAAGUGGUCAUCACAGUUCCCUACAUCUGUUUCCUGUCCUACUACUGGUUCAUUCCUGAAUCUCCAAGAUGGCUGCUCUCCCAGAACAAAAUAAACGAAGCUGUGAAGAUAACAGAGGCAAUAGCCAAAGAGAACAAGAAGACUCUCUCCAAAAACAUCGAGACCCUGAAGGACGAAGAGAGCCUUGCAGAGCCUUGCUCAGCCACCUUCAUGGACUUGGUCAGGACCCCGAAAAUGAGAAAACACACCUUUAUCCUCUCCUUCAACUGGUUCACAAGUGCCGUGGUGUACCAAGGUCUGAUCAUGCGCCUGGGCAUUCUUGGAGGAAACGUGUACCUUGACUUCCUCAUCUCCGGCUUGGUGGAGUUCCCGGCUGCAUUCCUGAUCCUCUUCACCAUUGAGCGCAUUGGGCGACGGGUUCCGUUCGCAACCGCCAAUAUCGUUGCAGGAGCUGCGUGUCUCAUCACAGCCUUCAUUCCAGAGAGUAUGUUCUGGUUUAAGACCGCUGUGGCUUGUGUGGGGCGACUGGGUAUCACCAUGGCCUUUGAGAUGGUGGUCUUUGUGAACACUGAGUUGUAUCCUACUUUUGUAAGGAACUUGGGGGUGUCUGUGUGCUCCACCCUGUGUGACAUUGGUGGCAUUGUUGCUCCCUUCCUGCUCUACAGACUGGCUGUCAUCUGGAUAGAACUCCCACUAAUCAUAUUUGGGGUCCUUGCAUUCGUUGCUGGAGGUCUGGUUCUGCUGCUGCCUGAGACAAGAGGGGUUCCACUUCCUGAAACUAUUGAUGACAUUGAGAACCCCCAAAAAAAUAAAGAAAACGCUCUGAAGAAUCACCAGCUAGAGAAUCUCCUCUCAUCCGAUGUAACCAACAAGAAAGAACAAGUGGAAGUGUGAAGACAUAGUUCCAGUCACCUGGGCUGAAGAUUGGACCCAUUUUUUCCGCAUAUUCUCUAUAUCAUAAUUUAUAACAUAUAUUUUUGCCGGUUUUUGUUUGUUUGAAUUUUUGUACACUUUGAUUGUUGUUUAAUGUAUUUAAGGUAGUUUCUCUGGUAUACUGUUAUGAUGACAGUCUUAUUCACUGAUUACACUGAGAUUUUGAAACAUUUGAAACAUUUAUUAAAAUUGUUACAUUCUAUUCUGAAA